AUGCUGGGCCUGGAGGGCCCCUGCUGGGUGGGCCUAGGGCCCGACGGGGGCCUGGCUGUGAGAGAAGAGCUUGGGGACGUGAGGCUGUUCGGUAGUGCCCACCAGCCCCUUGGCUCCCUGGUGGACCUGACCUGCCACCGCUUUGGCAGCCCAGCAGGAGUGUGCACCGACGCAGCGGACAGUAUCGUUGUGGCAGAUGGACAGCGGCGCCAGGUGACCCUGUUCCCUUGGGCCAGGGCACCCAUCUGCCUGGUGUCCAAGGGGCUGAGGCAGCCCCUGGGUGUGGCCUGUGCGCCCCAGGGCCAGCUUGUGGUGGCGGAUGCAGAGGACGGCUACUCCAGUCCCACUUGGAGUUGGCCUGAUCUGGUGCGCUUGAACGGGCGCAGCCCCUCACUGUGCGUGGGUCCAGACCAGGACGGGAGGAAUGGUCAGGGUUUGCAGGAUCCUCCCGCACUGCUGGCUAUGCCUUCCUGA